UACGUACGGAACUCUCCACAGAACACGUCACUUACCAAGUUGACGUCUGGAACACCGGUAUUGACUCAAGCGACAUGGCAUCUCUGCGGCAGCGAAAAACUGCGGUGGACUCGCCCUCCACCACAGGAAGUGCAUCGUCUUCUGCAUCAGAAGAGCCUUCUGCGGCGUCUGUAGAGUCCGUAGAGCCCAAGAACGACGAGGACGAAGCUAGCGACUGGCCCUCCAUCCUACUACUGCUGUUGUUGUACACGCUGCAGGGCAUUCCCAUGGGUCUGUCGAGCAGUAUUCCAUUCAUUCUUCAAGAGAAGGUUGGGUACGGCGACCAGGCCACCUUCAGUCUCGUGUCGUGGCCCUUUAGCCUCAAACUAUUGUGGGCUCCAUUCGUGGACUCCCUCUAUAGCGAGCGCUUCGGUCGUCGCAAGUCGUGGCUUAUCCCCGUGCAGUUUACCUGUGCGGCACUUAUGGUGAUGGGCAGCUGGUUCAUGAGUGACUUACUGGGCGAAGGCGAGGGCCAGAAGCCACACGUCGUCUACCUCACAAUCUUCUUCCUCGUGCUCUACUUCAUGAUGGCCACGCAAGACAUCGCGGUCGAUGGGUGGGCUAUUACGAUGCUCUCGGAGAAGAAUGUUGGUCACGCAUCCACGUGCAACACGGUCGGUCAAACAGUUGGCUACUUUGUAGCGUACGUGGGCUUCCUGGCACUCAACGACCCGGCCACUUGCAACAGCUAUCUACGUAGCGAACCAGAGGACGAAGGACUAGUAUCACUGCCUGGGUUUAUGAGUUUCUGGGGAUGGGUCAUGUUCUUCACCACUCUAGGCGUGUGGCUCUUCAAGCACGAGAAGCCGGAGGAUGAAAACAGCGAACGACUGAGCAUUGCCCAGACCUACUCGCAGAUGUACUCGGUGCUACGUCUGCCCAGUGUAAUCUCGCUGUCCAUUAUGCUCUUGACGAGUAAAAUCGGUUUCUCUGCUGCGGAGAGCGUGGCGUCGCUUAAACUUGUGGAGUAUGGUAUGAAGAAGGAGAAGUUAGCCCUGCUAACUCCGAUCCUGAUCCCAUUGGGUAUCGUUAUUCCAGUAAUGAUCGGUCGAUGGAUCAAGCCUUCACAACCGCUUAACCUCUUCUUAUGGGGCUACCCGGUUCGACUUGCUGUGGGACUUCUGUAUGCUGGGCUCGUGUACAUCACUCCCAUGGCCAUGGCACAGGACGAAAGUUCCCACUUUGUUUUCUAUGGUGUAAUCCUGGUAAUCGGUGCGCUACACGAGGUCGCUGCCAACAUGAUGUACGUCCCUCAGAUGGCUUUCUACGCUCGUAUCAGCGAUCCGUCCAUCGGUGGCACGUACAUGACUUUCCUCAACACGGUCACAAAUUUGGGCUCCAAGUGGCCCAACUCUCUCAGUCUGGCGGUUGUGGACCAUCUCACCACUCGCGAAUGUCUCGGCGGCUACUUCCAGGACGAGAUACUGGACAUUGGCUCCGUCACGUGCUCAGACGCCGAAGCGCGCCAAGCCUGUACUGACGCUGGUGGCGAGUGCCUCAUCAUACGUGAUGGUUUCUAUGUGGAGACUGUAAUCUGCUUGGUGAUUGGUGUACUCUGGCUGCUCUUCUUCUACCGUCGCAUCCAGUUCCUACAAAAUCUCAAGAUCGACAAGUGGCGUGUAAAUGCCACAGCCGAUUAAACAUUUUUGCGUAAGUACAAAAAGCAAUAGAUUCUCCUUGUUCGGGAAUGUCAUAUUAGUGGAUAGUUUAGGAGUGAUGGUCACACAAAGUAUGGAGCUACGUCAUUGUGGCUGAAAGACGACGCUGCACGUACUCAAAUUGCGACGACUGCACAAGGGAGGACCGAAACACUUCGCGUGGUGCAAAGUCUAGUCGGGGUUUCUUCUUCUUGUCGCAGUCGCGGUAUGCAGAUUCAAGGUUCAACUCGAACAUCUUGAUCACUUUGGCCAUGUCUUCGUCGUCAUCGUCUUCGAAUUGCGAUUCCUUGAACACAGCACUGGGAUUUUGUCGUGCUAAUCGGACU